AUGAGCCCAAAACCGCCGCUUCCGGAGGCGGCUGACGAGGCGAGUGAGGAGCAGCUACCGACAAUGCUUGAAGAUGAUAAGAAUAUCUUUAUGCAUUUGCAUAUGUAUCCGAAUAGCGCAGAUCCUUGCAUCAGAAGAAUCAUCAUCCCAACCAAUCGAGAGUUGCGAACGCAGUUCUUCAACGAAUUAAAACACUUGGCGGCUAUUGAAGAGCUAUGUAUAAAAAAUGAUCUGAAGCUUGCCGUGCCAAAGUUCACAAAAACCGACAUGGGCAUCGAGAUCAUCGACGGGAUUGAUUAUCCGGGUUUCAAAUUCCCGAAAUCUAUUUUUGCCGACUACCAGUAUCAGCCGUUACUUGAGGCAUUGGUGGCAGGACUCUGGAAGAAGAACCGGCUCUUGGCAAAGGAAGUUGAAGUCCAGCGGGAAACGGCUAAAGACCAUAUGCGCCAAAAAUGCCGAAAUGAACAUACGUUUUGUCGGACGUUUAACGAUUUAAUCCCGUCUGAGCAGCAGAAAGUCCAAGAGUUUCUCAACAAGGUGCAUCAGCAACAACAAGCGGACCAAGCUGAAGCAAAGAAAAGAAUGAAAGAAGUGCUGCUGAAUACGCCGAUACCAAUCGGAGAGCUCAUUAAAAUCGCUGACCCGUUAGAGAAACGAUAUUUGGAAAGUCUACAAGAGGACAUUGACCUUGCACAGAUUCAGGCUUCGAUGUUGGAAUCUGAUGGAGAUACGCCACCCUUCAUGCCCUCCCCUGAAGGCGGCAACCCGCCACCACUACCAGAAACAUCCACAACUUUGCCAAGCAGUUCGGACCACCGUAGUCGGCCUGUCGUCCUGCCAAUGUCACCUACAAUUCAACGCAGCUUAUUUCAAGUCGGAAAUCUUGAGAUCAAUCAUGCUCGGCCCUCAAUUUCGCAAGUUAGGCAAAUAAGUGGCAUGCCCCAUUACGCCGAAACCUACCCAACACCACCGCAAACCGGCUGGCAAACACCAGGACCGACCCAAACAAAUACGCCGUACCCCCAUCAAGGAUUGUCAGAAAAUAUCAUGGCGCAGCAUAUUAUGGAUACAACAAUGAUCACCCCACCGCCAAUGACCGCCGCUUAUGGAAUGCCGAUACCGUACCCACCAGGACUUAUGCAUCAUGUUGUUCCGCAUGAUCAGCGCCCCGGCCCCUCAAACCGGCCGCCUCCACCAAAUUUGGGAUAUUUUAUGGAUGAGGUGGCAUUAAUUUUUACUAAUUUUCAAGGCGAAAAACUCCCCAACUCCAAGCGGUAUCCAGCGAGCUCC